AGGUGUUAAAAUUCUCAGUACGAUGGAUAUAUACGAUAAACCCUACUACAAAGUAACUAAAAUGUUUGCUUCUCUGAUAGGUCGAUGGCCUUAUCAGUCUUCACGACAGAGCUUAGUAAUAGUCACUGUUAUAUGGAGUGCGUUUAUUUUGCAAGCUAUUCCACAAACAAUAGCUAUUAUCAAUAAUUUUGACAACCGAGAAGUGCUCCUGGAAGCUUUGGCUCCGUACAUAAUAGACAUAGCAUGUUUAAUAAAAUAUGCAAAUACAAUCUACAAUGCUGAAAUGGUAAAAACUCUAUUCGAGAGAAUUAAAAAAGAUUGGAGUUUACUUUCGAAAGAUAGAGAAAAAAAAAUUUUAGAAUAUCAUGUCGAUCUUGGACGACUUAUGUCAGUUGGAUAUGCAGGAUUUGCAUUCAUAACAACGGUUAUAUUCGUAACGGAGCCGAUUUUGCCGAGGAUCAUUAAUAAAUUAACAAAAUCGAAUGAAUCUGUUCCACUAAAAUUUGCUCUUCCAUUGGAAUACAUAAUAUUCGAAAAAGAAAACCAUUAUUGGUUAAUGUUAAUCAUUACGAAUAUAUUUGCAGCUAACAUGAUAGUUGUUAUUAUAUCCUGUGAUAUUAUGUUUAUCACAUGUGUUCAACAUGUUUGCGGAAUGUUUGCAGUUGUAGGAUUUCGAAUAGAAAAUGCACCCACGGAUAAAAUUAUGGGCAAGAAUCAAAAAGAAGUAAGUUCACAGAAAAACUCACACGAUGGUUCUUAUAAACAUUUGGUUUCAUGUAUCAGAAGUCACAGGAGAGCUCUAGAAUUUGCUGAGCUUCUUGAAGAAACUUUUACUGCAGGCUUUGGAGUGAUAGUUGCGUUGAAUUUACCAAUUAUGAGUAUUACCGGGUUGCAACUGAUAACACAAUCGAACACAGUGCAACAAACACUGAAGUAUCUUCUGUUUGCUAUUGCUCAAAUGCUGCAUCUAUUUUUCGACUGUUUUCUAUCACAGAAUUUAACAGACAUGAGUUCACGAAUUCAAGAGUGCAUAGCUAACGUAAAAUGGUUUGAAAUUUCUAACGAAUCACAGAAGCUGCUAAUUUUGAUGACCAUGAGAAGUCAAGUGCCCUGCAAGUUGACUGCUGCUAAAAUAAUGGAGUUGUCUAUAGAGAAUUUUGGAAUGAUGGUAAAAACAUCGGGAUCAUAUUUCACGAUGCUCCUGUCGAUGCAGUAAAACUUCUAUUCAUUUUUCAUUUACAUAAAAGACAAAUUUGAUAAAAUACAUGUUCGAAAUAUGUAUAGACUGUAUACUAUAGUAAUCAUAGAAAUGUUGCGUAGUAGAAAAAUUGCAUGUUUUAUCAUUUCAAU